AUGAAGAAAUGCUACGUGGGCGGUACUCGCCCAGUCCAAGUCCAUGGGUUCGAGUCCGCACUGAUAGCAUUGCUCGUCAUCUCGAGACGGUCUUCCUCUUUACAAAAAACGGAUGGGCGUCGUAAUUCCCUGGACUUCCCCGCUACAGCGCCCCUACCUCAUUCACAUAUAAAUCUCCAUGAGGACUCCCGGCCCCCACAAGUACCGCCCACUACCCAAUCCUGGUGGCCUAUUCGGACAGGUCGGGCAUCACCGGCUAUUGUCGAGGUCCCUCCUGUUUGCUGGAUCUCACGCAUCCGUUUACAGCGGAAUGUUUCAGCCGAUGCUCCCGCCAAAUACAAUGAAUGGAUUCAUGACGAAGACUAUGUUUCUCCUCCUUCACCGAAUCCCGAUUCACAACGACCACCUGCAGCAGGGCAGAUCAAUACUGCAGAGCACGGAAGCGAAUACAUGAAUCUACUUAGGGGACCUGCGAUAUCUGCGACAUCCGCUGCCAACAAUGCCCCAGAUGACUUCCAGGACAGAUACCUUCAACCCCUCAUAAUUUUCGACACUGUUAUUGAGAAAAUUGCGAAUAUAUGUCCAUACGCAAAGAUGGCGCUGAACAUACUUUCUACUGCAUCCAAGCGCAACAUUGCAGCUGGUUCUCACAGCCACAACGAUGACUGGAUAUGUUAUGAAGGUUACGACCCUCCUUCUCCUGACCUCCACUCACACGAACCAUGCGCACCAAUCCAGAUCAAAACCGGAGAGCAUGUCCCGAGAGCCGAUGCACUUUCCCUGGUCGAGCCAAUCGUCAGUUCAUCAGCGCAGGGUGCUCAGAUGGGGUAUUCACAUUACCAGGAUACAAGCAAGGACGAAGAGUGAUCGCCUGAUGGUGUGUGUAGUUCUUAUAUCUCCCCGUCUUCAUGGCUGUGUUAUACACAAGUCUAAUAAUACAGCUAGAAGAUGAUACUAUUGAGCGCGGCGGAAAUCUGAUCAUUCUCUUUUGUCGUAAACCUCACAACUGCUGUGGCAAACACCCCAUCCUGUAUUCUUCGUUUACACUACCUCAUCUUAGGUGCC